AUGCUAAGAAAGGGGGAGUGGGUUUGGGUGGACUCCGACAUCGGGGUCCCCAUCGGAGCCCGGGUCAAGGAAACGCCAUCAGGUCAACGCUUCCUGGUGGACGAUGAGGGAAAGGAGCAGAGACUGUUCCUGGAGGAGGAGGCCUCUCUCCGGAUCAUGCACCCGACGUCGGUGGAGGGGGUCGACGACAUGAUCAAACUCGGGGACAUGACCGAGGCCGGACUCCUCAGGAACCUGCUGCUCCGACACAAGAAAGGCCUCAUCUAUACCUACACGGGCUCAGUGCUGGUGGCAGUCAAUCCAUACAAGGAUUAUCCAAUAUAUUCACAUGACCAGGUGAGGUUAUACCAAGGCCGGCAGCUUGGGGAGCUCCCUCCGCACAUCUUCGCCAUCGCUGAAUCCUGUCACUUCAACAUGACUCGCAAUCUCAGAAACCAGUGCUGCAUCAUCAGUGGGGAGUCUGGAGCAGGGAAGACAGAGAGCACUAAACUAAUCCUGCAGUACUUGGCAGCAGUCAGCGGUGAACACUCUGAGCAGGAGAUCGAAAAGCAGAUCCUGGACUCCAACCCAAUUCUUGAAGCUUUUGGAAACGCUAAAACAACCCGCAAUGACAACUCCAGUCGCUUCGGGAAAUACCUGGAGAUCUUCUUCAACAAGGAUGGAGUGAUUGAAGGUGCUCGCGUGGAGCAGUACCUUCUGGAGAAGUCGCGUGUCUGCCAUCAGGCUCUGGAUGAGCGAAACUACCACAUAUUUUACUGCUUGCUGGCAGGAAUCACAGCAGAGGAGAAGGAAACUCUGAGCCUCGGGACUGCCGAGGAAUAUAAUUUCCUUACUAAGGGGGACUGCAUUGUGUGUACUGGAAGGGACGAUGAUAAAGACUACGACCGCAUUCAAUCUGCUCUGAAAGUCCUGACUUUCUCAGACGACCAGUGUCAGAAAAUCCUCAAGCUGCUCGCUGCCAUAUUACAUCUGGGAAACGUGUCCUUUGACGCCACCAGUGAGAACAACCUGGAAACCUGUGACGUUAGUAAAUCCAAACAUUUCAGCGUCGCAGCGUCUCUGCUGGAGGUCAAGAAAUCUUCUCUGGGGACAAGUUUGACCCAUCGCUCCUUCAAGACCACCAGGGAACGAGUGACUAAACCCCUGAGCUCCGAGCAGGCGUCCGACUGCAGAGACGCCCUGGUCAAGGCGAUCUACAACAAGCUGUUCAUGUGGAUCGCUCAGAAAAUCAACAGUGUCAUCUAUAAGAAGUUGACCAACAACCCCAAAAAGUCCUACCUGUCCAUCGGCCUGCUUGAUAUCUUUGGCUUUGAGAACUUCCAAACAAACAGUUUUGAGCAGCUUUGCAUUAACUUCGCUAACGAGAAGCUGCAGCAGUUCUUCGUGGGCCACAUCUUCAAGCUGGAGCAGGAGCAGUACCUGAAAGAGGGCAUUGUGUGGACUAACAUCAAGUUCAGUGACAAUCAGAACAUCCUCGACCUUCUGACUGGGAAACCCUGCAACCUGCUGGCUCUGAUUGAUGAAGAGAGCCACUUUCCGAAGGGUACAGAUUCCACUUUGCUGCAAAAGAUGAACGUGCAACACAAGGGAAGCAAAGUCUACAUUCCCCCCAGAAGAGAACACGACACAGAUUUUGGGAUUCACCACUUUGCAGGCGUGGUUUACUACGACUCCAACGGGUUCCUGGAAAAAAACAGAGAUGCUGUCAGUUCUGACAUCAUCAAGAUGGUGGACUUGUCCACCAACGAGCUGCUGCGCCAGAUAUUCGAGAGCGAACUCUCAAACAAUGGGUUGAAGGUGGCCAGCAACAGCAGAAUCAUCAUGACGCCCAGGAGCUCUCUCCGGGCAAAGAACGACAAGCGUAAACAAGUGCCGACGCUGAGCGGUCAGUUCCGUCAGUCUCUGGACUCUCUCAUGAAGACCCUGUCUGUCUGCCAGCCUUUCUUCAUCCGCUGCUUCAAACCCAACAACGACAAGCAGUCUGAGCUGUUCGACAGGGAGCUGUGCAUGCGUCAGCUCAGAUACUCCGGCAUGAUGGACACCGUCCGUAUCCGGAAGCUGGGAUAUUCUGUUCAGCACACCUUCGCGGACUUCAUGAAGCGCUACCGCGUGCUGCUGAAGACGACCCUCUGCGACCCCAAAACUAAAACAGCUGCGGCCUGUUGUAAAGCCAUCUGCGAGGCGGUGAUUGAAGGGAAGGACGAGUGGAAAAUAGGCAAGAAAAAAGUUUUCCUGAAGGACGCCCAUGAUGCUGUUCUGGAGCGGCUGAGGGAAAGCGAGCUCAGCAGGGUUGCCAUAGUGAUACAGAGGGUCAUGUUGGGACGCAAAGACAGAUUGUCUUUCCUGAAGAAGCGGAGGGCGGUUGUGGUGUUACAGAAGCACUGGAGAGCUCACAAAGCGAAGCAAGAGCUGAAAAAGAUGCGGCGUGGCUUCGAGCGCCUAGCGUCACUGAUCCGCAGUCGGCGGCUCCAGUUACAGUACAACAGGCAGCGAGCGGCGGCGCUCACCAUCCAGACCCAGGUACGAGGCCACCAAGCAAGAAAGGAAUUUAAGCAAAAGAAGGAGGCCCUCCGUUUACGCCAAGAGGAAGAGGCUCAGAUCGCCUUGGAGCUUGAACAGCGACUGAAAGCUAUCGCCGACGCACAGAAAACUCUGGAGGAAAACGAGUCCUCCUCCGAUCGGGAUUCAAGGAAUUCGUCGUCCUCCGAUUCAGAGGACGACACGUAUGAGGUCGUACCUCCCGUAAUAGUGGUGGAACGUGACCUGUCUGAUGCUGAGAGCAUUCCAGAGCCGAAGGAGGAACACGAUUCAGGGGACGACACGUAUGAGGUCAUACCUCCUGUAAUAGUGGUGGAACAUCAACUGUCCGAUACUGAGAGCAUUCCAGAGCCGAAGGAGGAAACCUCAGAGCUGUUGGAAGUUUCUCGAGCCUCGAUGACACCCAGCCCUUUACUGGGCGACGAGGACGAGGACGAGGGCGACGGGUUUGAUGACGAGAGCGACGAGUUCUCAUUCUACAACUUCAGCAUCCGUCACUUCCAGUGGUCUGAUCACAAGCACAUCCCACAGAGACUCAGGAGGCCUCUCCUGACCCACGACGAUGAGGGCGAUGCACUGGCAUGUCUCACUAUAUCGUGGAUUAUUCUGCGUUUCAUGAGUGACGCACCAGAACCAAGAUCAGCGGACGCGAUAUCCCAAGUAUCGAGCACCAUCAACCGCCACGUGCCUCGGAGGCAGGGCAGGAGGCUGAGCAGCCUGGUGGGACUGGACCAGAAAAUACUGAGAAGGAACAAGAAAAAGCUUGGAGGUGGAAACAGGAAAGCCUCAACUAUUCUUGAGGAGCCAGAGAACCUGACAGAAGACGAGGACAUUAUGAUCGGGGAGGGUCCGACACUGGAUCGGCCACUAACUCAACUAGAAAAACUCCACAUUAUCAUUGGCUAUGCAAUGUCGAGACCAGACAUACGAGACGAGAUCUACUGCCAGAUCUGUAAGCAGCUGGUGAACAAUCGCAGCAGAUACAGUCGCGUGCUCGGCUGGACUCUCCUCUCCGUCUGUCUUGGGAUCUUCCCUCCGACAAACAAGUUUCUGAAGUAUUUGGAGAAUUUCAUCAGCAAAGGGCCUCAAGGUUACAAGCAGUAUUGUUCUAAUCGCCUGCAACGUGUCAUAGCCAAUGGAGAAAGGAAGGAGUUGCCCUGUUGGGUAGAACUGCAGGCAGCCAAGUCCAAGGCGCCCAUAGAGGUGUCUGUGACUCUAAUGGACGGUCGUAGUGUCAGUCUACCUCUGGAAUCAGCCUCCACCUCCGCCGAAGUCUGCCAAGCUGCGGCCAACGAGGUUGGCCUCAGAGACAUUUAUGGAUUCUCCCUGUACAUCAGCCUCUAUGAUAAGAUGUGGUCUCUGAGCAGCUGCGAGAAGCACGUGUUUGAUGCGGUGUCUCAGUGCGAGCAGGAGAUGAGGAGGCAGAACAUGGAGGAGAAGGACGCCCCCUGGAGGCUCUCCAUCCGCAAGGAAGUGUUCACACCGUGGCACGACAGCUCCAAGGACCCAGUCAGCACAGAUCUAAUCUACAGGCAGGUCAUCAAGGGAAUCAAGAACGGAGAGUACGUCAGUUACCAGGAGGACGACUACGUCCAGCUGGCAGCGAUGCACUAUUACAUCCGGUUUGGCUCACGCUGCAGAAGAGAGAGGGUCCAGGGGGUGGUGGACGAGUGCAUCCCCACCCACCUGAUUGAGAACAGAUCAAUGACAACAUGGAUCCAAUUCAUCAGCUCUCCCCUCGAACAGGAGCCUUAUUCAAGCGAGACACAGAGCAGCGAGAGUGUGAAAGGACAGCUGGUGGAAAUGGCCCGACAGAAAUGGACGCUCGACUUCUCUAAGUUCUACGAUGUUACAAUGACGUCAGGACCUCCUUUGCCCAAAAGCAGGUUUGUUGUUGCAGUAAACUGGAGGGGCAUCGUAUUCAUGGAAGGACGAGAAAAGACACUCCUCGAGAUUCCUUACCUCGAGGUAAAGAAGGUCUCCAUGCUCAGUGAGAACCACAUGAGUUCCCAGUACAUGACUCUGACCACAGUCAGAGCAGAGUUCGUCCUGAGGUCUGUGGAAGCUAGAGACAUGGCGGCACUGAUGGAGGAAAACGUGGAAGGCUUGAGAAAGCGUUCAGUGUAUGCAUUGGUUCAGGAAGCCACUAAACCAGAAGACAAAAGGUUCCUGGUUUGUAAACGAGGCGACCUGCUGCUGAUAGAGAAAGAUGACGAGGCCUCACCUGAGCAGGACUGGAUCACAGCUCAUAACCAGCGGACCGAUCGCAGCGGUGCAGUCUAUAAGCGUACAGUCCUGUUUCUGCCGACUCUUGACAGGCCCACAAAUGAAAUGCUGGAACUGCUCAGUCCGAGCCAGAAGAAAACUGCAGCCGCUGUAAAUGUACCUCAGGAAGAAGACACAGUGGCCCCUGUUUCUUUGAAAGAGUUUGCAUUUCAGCGCUUCAGAUCUACAAGUAAAGCUGCCGGUCGUGUGAAGGGGCCCAGCAAGGAGAAACUGUGGAUUUCUACCAGAGAACCUCUUAAACAGCCGCUGCUGGAAAGUCUGGUCCGCAAGUCUGACCUGAGCAACAUGGCCGUCAACGCCUUCACUGCUAUCAUGAAGUACAUGGGCGACUACCCCAUCAAACAGAUGCGCAGUCCGAUGGAGCUGACUGACGUGAUCUUUGGUCCAGCCAUGCAGCACAGAGAGCUGCAGGAUGAGAUCUACUGCCAGAUAAUGAGGCAGAUGACCAACAACCGCAGCAGGCUGAGCAUGGAGCGCGGCUGGCAGCUGCUGUGGAUGUGUACAGGCUUGUUCCCGCCCAGUGUCGAUUUGAUGGAACACGCUCAGCGCUUCCUGGAGUCACGACGCAAAGACCUGCUGGCCAUCGGCUGCCUGCAGAGGCUGCAGGACAUAUGCAGUAAGGAGCCCAGGAAGCUUCCACCCCACCUCGCGGAAGUGGACGCCAUCCAACAGAACAGCACAAAGAUCUUCCAUAAAGUCCACUUUCCCAAUGAAAAGAGCGAACUAUUUGAGGUGGCGUCGACAAUGACAAUCAAAGAACUGUGCUUCAGCAUCGCGUUUCAUCUCAAACUGAACUCCGCCUACGGAUAUGGCCUCUACCUGAAAACGCAGAACAAGUCCACGAGCCUGGAAGAGAACAGAUAUUUCUUUGACUGUCUCAGGCAGACGACACAAGUCCCCAAAAAAGGAAAAAAAGCGAAAGAAGGCAUUCCGGCCAACGUGACGAUGAAGGUGAUCUUUAAGAGGAAGCUCUGGUUCAAUGUGAGCCCCGAGAAAGACAUCAUCGCAGAUGUCACUUUCCAUUUCCCGCAGGAGGUGCCCAAGUACCUGCAUGGAUUCCACAACUGCGCCAAAGAGGACAUAACUACUUUGGGCGGCCUGCUGUUCAGAGCCAAAGUAGACUCAGACAGGACGCAGUUUGUCAUGAUUCCCAGGAUGCUGAAGGACCUUAUUCCUGCCGACUGGCUAGAGCGCCUGUCUCCUGACGAAUGGAAGAAGCACAUCAUCUCUGCGUACAACAAGCAGAGUGGCCUCACGGUGCAAGAAGCCAAAAUCAACUUCUUGAAAAUCAUCUCAGGUUGGCCAACGUUUGGCUGUGCCUUCUUUGAAGCUAAGCAAACAUAUGACCGUGACUACCCAUCUUCACUUUGGGUUGUUAUCAACAAGCAAGGUGUCGGCCUAAUAGACCCAUCAACAAAGGAGCUGAUGAUCAUGCACCAGUUCAACCGCAUCACAGAAUACUACAGCAAAGGAAACACCUUCACCAUGGAAAUCAGCAACCUGGUGAAGGCCACCUACGUUGUCUGUGAAACCCCACAGGCGGACCAAAUGGAGGACCUCCUCAGAUCGUACGUCAACAUGUACGAGGAGCAGAAACGGACCUUUCGACCGAGGAACAGCAUUUUCUUUUAAGUAUCAAAGGGCAAAACAAUAGACUGAGUGACUUUACACGAAUGUGUUUGUUUGCUUUAAACGUCAAAUCAUAUUUUCAUUUGUUAUUGUCGAUGACAGUUCUUAACUUUCACCUGUUGCAUUUCUCAAACCUCCACUAAGAUUGAUCCAGAUUUGGUGGUUUUCAAACGUCCCCACAUCUCACUCAAGUCGUUUUUCUUGAAAUGUUUGACAGUGGUUUUGUCAGUAGCUGUUCUCCUUCAUGCGCUUGGUUACUUCUGAUUUUACUAAUAUUGAUGAGACAUUUCAAAUCCCGUCAGUCUCACAAUCAGUCACAAGCAGCCUUUGUCAGGUUUUAAGACACAUGUACAUAAACAUGCAUUUAAAUUGCAGCUUCCACCUCAUCAUUACAUAGAAUAUUAUCCUUUAUUUCUUCUAGCAACACAACCAGGCUCCAACAACUCAAUUCAUGAUUUUAUCUGGAGACAAUAAACGUGGGUUCACUUUUACACUUGAAAUG